AUGGACCUUUACCAGGUAAACUCGCGAGUACUCCACGACGAUGAAGUGAGCCGCGCUGUGGAAAAUGCCGGCCAGGACGGUAUCAACAAUGAUGGAGCCGAGACCAAGGGGAACAGCAACAACAACAACAGCAACCUGGAGAAACAGCCCACCGCUGUUUCCAGCGCAUCUUAUGAAGAGACCUUUCCCGAAGGAGGAACACAAGCGUGGCUGGUGGUGCUCGGCGCCUGGUUUGCCUUGAUGUCAGCUCUGGGUUUGAUGAAUACCAUUGCUAUUUUCCAAGCAUACACACUCAGCCACCAGUUGAAGGGCCAGAGCGAAGGCACCGUCGGUUGGGUCUUUUCCAUCUACACCUUUCUUGCCUUCUUUUGCGGUGUCUAUAUUGGACCCGUGUUUGACAAGUAUGGCCCUCGGUGGCUGGUCAUUGCUGGAUGCAUCACAACCGUUACUGGAGUUGUGUGCAUGAGCUUCUGCACCGAACUAUGGCACUUCAUCCUCUCUUUCGGCAUCCUCUGUGGUGUCGGCACCUCACUACUCUUCACGCCGUGCAUUGCCGCCGUGGGACAUUGGUUCCGUAAGCGUCGAGGUUUUGCUACGGGAAUGGCCUCUACAGCCGGAGGUAUAGGCGGCAUUAUCUUCCCGCUCAUGCUCACAGCACUCUUCGACCAGAUUGGCUACGGCUGGGCAACUCGCGUUCUGGCUCUCGUCUGUCUUUUCGGCGGCGUCAUUGGCAUUCUGCUUGUCCGAUCUCGACUCCCCCCUGCACCUAAUGCCACUGCGCACCCCGACUUUCGCAUCUUCAAGCAAGUUCCAUAUACCCUCACAGCAAUUGGUAUCUUCUUGCUUGAAUUCUCGCUCUUCAUCCCCCUGGCAUACAUCUCGACAUACGCACAGCACAAGGGGUUCAGCGAGCAAUUUGCCUUCCACCUCCUCCCUAUUAUGAAUGCGGGAUCUGUGGUUGGACGAGCUCUUCCAGGUUACUACGCAGACGUUGUGGGCCCGUUCAACGUGUGCAUGUUCUCCGUGGUUCUCUCGCUGGUUGCAUGCCUGUGCGUUUGGCUUCCCCUGGGACAAACGGCAGCAGGUAUAAUCGUCUUUUCGAUCCUCUUUGGCUUUGGCAGCGGCACGAGCAUCGCCAUUGCUCCGGUGUGUAUCGGGCGGAUGUGCAAGACGCAGCAAUAUGGUCGAUAUUACGCCACGACUUACACGGUCGUAUCGUUUGCGUGCCUUAUUGGCAUUCCUAUCGCUGGAAGUAUUGUCGGCGCCAGUGGUGGCGAGUACAAGAAUCUUAUUAUUUUCACGGGGUCUAUUUACAUUGGCUCUCUGGUGUUUUUGAUGGCGGCUAAGGUGAGCCAGCUUGGUUUGAAGGGCUGGCUGGGGGCCUACUGA